AGGAUUUCGGUGCUGAUGCUGAUGAUGCUGAUGAUGAUGAUGACGGUGAUGGCUUCCAGACUGGGGCUUUGGCUUGUGUGUGUGUGCGGAGCGCUGUGUCUGAGCGCGCGACAUUCCAGCAAUGGAGGCGUCCUGGGGAAAACGAGGGCCUUACGUGAUGAUAGCAGGUUCCUCGGGAAAGAGAGCACGGUACCGGUGCGCUUGGUUUAUCGCACGGAUAACGGACAGACCGCGCAUGACGUUCUGAGUACACGGGUGCGCGCGAGCCCAGGCACCGACCAGAAGAAUCAUUUGGCUCAAGCCAGUUUCCAGGUUACAGCCUUCGGCCAGACUUUCAUCCUAGACCUGGAACUGAAUCAUGACCUGCUCUCGUCAAAGUAUGUGGAGAGGCAUAUAUCAGAAGACGGGAAAUCGGUCAUCACCAAAGGCGGAGAGCACUGUUACUACCAUGGAACGGUGCAAGAUAUUCCCGAGUCCUUUGUGGCCCUGUCCACUUGCCAUGGAAUGCAUGGGAUGUUUUUCGAUGGAAACCACACGUACCUGAUAGAACCAGAUGAAGAAAGCAAGGAGAAUGAAGACAUCCAAAUGCACAUGAUUUAUAAAUCUCCAGGCUUCCAGCCUCCAGGGAAUUAUGUUCCACCUCUUGAUCUUGCAGAGUCACCAUUCCAGAGCCCUCCACUCUUCACCGGAGCUGCUCACAGGAGAAAAAAGAGACAGGUGCAGCAAAGUUCCCACAGUGUCGAGGAUGAAACAAAAUAUAUCGAGCUGAUGGUUAUCAAUGACCAUCUGAUGUACAAGAAGCAUCGGCUUUCAGUCGGCCAGACAAACAACUACGCCAAGUCUGUAGUGAACAUGGCAGAUUUUAUUUUUAAGGAGCAACUGAACACCCGGAUUGUUCUGGUUGCCAUAGAAACCUGGGCGGCAGACAACAGGUUCAAUAUAAAUGAUGACCCGAUGAUCACGCUGCGGGAGUUCAUGAAGUACAGACGAGACUUCAUUAAGGAGAAGAGCGACUCUGUCCAUCUGUUCUCCGGCAACCGUUUCCAUAGCAGCUGGGGUGGAGCCUCGUAUAUGGGAGGAGUUUGUUCACUCACUAAAGGGGGAGGAGUCAAUGAGUAUGGAAAAACAGAGGAAAUGGCCAUCACACUGGCACAGUCGCUUGGCCAGAACAUUGGCAUUUUCUCAGACAAGAAAAGAAUACUAAAUGGGGAAUGCAAGUGCGAUGAUAAAUGGUCCGGCUGUAUAAUGGAUGAUGUUGGCUUUUAUCUGCCCAAGAGAUUUUCCGACUGUAACAUAGAGGAGUAUCACAACUUCCUGUACAGCGGCGGUGGAUCGUGUCUGUUCAACAAACCAUCCAAGCUUUUGGAUCCUUCAGAGUGUGGGAACGGUUUUGUGGAACCGGGAGAGGAGUGCGACUGUGGAAGUCCAGCGGAGUGUGCGAGAGAAGGAGAGAACUGCUGUAAGAAGUGCGCCCUGACUCAGGGCUCUAAAUGCAGUAAUGGGCUCUGUUGCAAUAACUGUCAGAUGGAGUUCACGGGUGUGAUCUGCAGAGAGGCUGUCAAUGACUGUGACAUACCAGAAAACUGCACUGGAAACUCUAGCCAGUGUCCUCCAAAUGUCCACAAAAUGGACGGCUACACUUGUGAAAAAGAUCAGGGACGGUGCUUUAAUGGACGAUGCAAAACUAAAGACAGGCAGUGCAAGUACAUCUGGGGAGAGAAAGCGACGUCCGCAGAUAAGUUCUGUUACGAGAAGCUAAACAUCGAGGGAACUGAGAAGGGCAACUGUGGGAGGGACAAGGACACAUGGGUCCAGUGUAAAAAGCAAGAUGUGCAGUGUGGAUACCUGCUCUGCUCAAACAUCUCACCCGCACCCAGAUUGGGAGAGCUGCAAGGAGGCCUGACGUCGUUUUCUGUGGCCCAGCAUAGUGCUUCACUAGACUGCAGUGGAGGACAUGUGAUGAUUGAUGGAGACACUGACCUAGGGUAUGUGGAAGACGGCACGGCAUGUGGCACUGACCGGAUCUGCUUCAACCACAAAUGCCUCCCGGUUCAGGAUUUCAAUUUCAGCACCUGCCCUGGGACCACCGACAAGGUCAUCUGCUCUGGACACGGGGUAUGCAGCAACGAGUUGAAGUGUGUGUGUCAUCUGGGCUGGGCAGGUGAAGACUGUAACUCCUCAUCACCACUCAGCUACCUGGUGGUUGGACCUACAGUUACAUCAUCAGGCAUUAUCAGUACCAAUAUCAUCAUCGGUGCAAUUGCAGGAUCUAUUCUUGUCCUGGCUCUUAUAUUGGCUAUAUCUGCCUGGGGCUACAAGAACUACAGACAGCGGCAAUUUGCAGAAUCCGAAGUGCAUCGAAGAUUUUGUCGACAAAUGCCACCAGGGGAUUACGUUAAGAAGCCAGGCGACGCCGACUCGUUCUAUAGUGACGUGCCACAGGGUGUGAGCUCCAACUCAGGCAGCAGCUCCAAGAAGAGGUCUGCUUACCUGUCUCACCUGCAGAUCUACACCUCCAUUCCAUCCAUCAGCCAAAACAUCUCACUUUUCGGCUUCAGGUCCAACGGCUUGUCGCAUUCAUGGAGUGAGAGAAUCCCAGACGCCAAGCACAUUUCUGAUAUCUGUGAAAACGGACGGCCCAGGAGCAACUCUUGGCAAGGGAAUAUUAGUGGCAACCGAAAGAAGCUGAAAGGAAAGAAGUUCCGUCCUCGUUCCAACUCCACAGAGUAUUUAACCCCUUGCUCCAAAUCAGACUAUUAUGUAACUGAAUGGGUGGAAGAUGUGAAUAAAAACACUGAGGGACCCUAUAUUAGGACGCUGUCUCCUGCCAAGUCCCCAACCUCAUCCACGGGCUCAAUCGCUUCAAGCCGAAGGUACCCGUACCCGAUGCCGCCGCUCCCAGAUGAGGAGAGGAAGGCCAACAGACAGAGUGCCAGGCUGUGGGAGACGUCAAUAUAAAGAGCGAUCACUCUGCAGAAUCUCCGUAAGGACUACACAUUCCUCCGCUUUUAUACAAAUCAGAAAAAAAAAAAAACUAAUGAAUUUAAACCGAAGUAUUGAAGUUCUCCAGGAUUAGCGGGUCCACCGGAGCACGCCGGGAUGAAGAGCACGGCCGUCAUCCUCUCAUCACUGCAGUAGACCAUAAUGAGACAGAGGGACUGGCUUGGGUCAAAGGUCAAAGUCAGACACUGCUGCAUUCGGUUGUCCAUCCAAACAAGGCAGGGGACACCAGACUGCUAAUCCUGCCCCUCUUCUCCUGUCCUGCCAACUUUUUUCAGGGCCCAAGAAUGGCCUGUCCUUCCCCUCUGUCCCUUCUUGGCUCCUCAUCCAGCACCAAUAAUGUCUUGUGAUUGCCAUGUUGAGAGAAGGUCAUCCAAAAGGUUUUUUUGUUUUCGAAAGCACGUUGAAACUUUCCACUGUAUGCAUGAGAAUACGUUUAUCAACUCCUUGUAGUGCUAAAGACGAUGAUGACGACAACAAAAAAACUAAUAUUUUAACAAGCAGGCCAGGGGACAGCAUGUCUCUCGAAGGGCAUUUCUGUAAGCUGGUAAGAUUUCAUUUUUUUUAGGGCUUCUCUAUUCACACAGUGUAUCAGCACUAAUGCUAGCGACACACAUCCAGCCUUGCCAUACACGCUCUCUUAUUUCCUCACAUGUAAAUAUGUAUAGCUCGACGACAGUGAAUCGUGAUUGUUCUUUUUUUGUUGUUUUUUUUUAAUGCUUUGCCUUUUUUUAUUGCUUUUUUAAAAAAAAAAUUGCUCACUCUGUAGGGUUUAGAAGAAACAUUCUCCACUUCUUGUUUGUGCGUUCACUUUGAAUCGUCUGUAUAUCGACUUGGUUUUGAUUCAUCUGUGUAUUUCCUAAAUCUUUGAAUAGGCUUCUUAAUCCGUUCGAUUUAAAACAUAUCUGAUGCUGUGUGUAAGAAUAAGAAAUUUUUGAAGAGGGUAGCGUUGACUUUUAAUGCUAUUUUUUUAUUUUUUUUUGCUGACGGGUAAUCUAAUAGCUGUAGAUUUUUUUUUCGAAGAUACAGAACGACGUCUAUGAACCGGUACAGUUUUUGAAUAAAGCAUGAAGGGAUGCGACAUUAAAUCAUUUCCGUUAGCAGUUUUAUAUCAAUGCAACAAUCUAACAAACUAUGAACUAUAGCUCAUCCACCACCACCAUGUACAGUAAAUCAUAUACAGUGUAAUUCUAAUCUUAUUGGUCUCAUUUUGGGAUGUCCAGUCAGGUCCAUGCAGUUUAAUUUCCACUAGUUUGCAAUAAAAAGUCACCUACAACCAUGAACAAAAGAUCUGUAUCUGCUGGAAUCCCACGAUGCCAUAAAAAAACGCGAAGCUAACGGGCCGUCAUGCCCCUGCUGUACAUACCAACUUCAUCGUUUCGUUCCGAGAUAGAUAACGGCGCCACCUGCAGUACCGGAGCCCUCGUACUGUAUCUCACAACCAACGCAUAUGCAAGCUCGUGAAGAUGGUUUUGUCUUUGCACAAUCCCUCACCAUGCUGAGGCUAUGUGGCGUCCUACGAAAAAACGACUCAGUAUUGUACUCAUAGUGUCAUACAAUAUAUCAUAAACCCUGCCUGUUUUUUUUCCUUCCCUCAUCCUACGUGUGUUUAUUCACACUGUAUCUGCCUACAACCAUGUCUCCAGCUCUUUCUUCCUACCCUGACAUGUAAUUAAGUGCAUUUACGAUCAUUACUCUCACACUAGGUCUUCGUGAAUACUGAUACGUAUUAGCACAAAUUUUGAACUUUUUCUUUCUUUCUCCACUAUACACACACAAGUGCAUGGCUCUACAUGGUGUUGAUGAAGGCUAAAUCCAAAGCCACCUGGAAGAAAAAAAAAAAAAAACAACAUCUCAAGCAAUAUUUUCAGCAUCUCGCUGUCCUGGUUUAACGCCGCUGCCGUGACUGAAUAGCACCGUGUCAUCUACCGCUGCGAAUAUUACAGAUAGCGAUUAAGGAUCCUGAGAACAAACGCACUCUUGAAUGUAAUUUAAGCCAACGAUUACAGCAUAACUGCCGUCACUGACACGUCACCCUCCAGUGACCAUGUAGAUCCACUAACUUUAUGCACGCCAUGUCACGCGUAGCGAACCGUGUAAUUGGACACGUUUCAGGGUUGUUUUUUUGGAGAAUGAGAAACACCUUACUGAGAGGUCUGCACCUGCUUCAGGAGACGUCAUAAAUGCCUUAUGUUUGUCUGUUUCAUAAACUCUUUUUGUUUUCUUUAUUCCCUGAUGCUAGUUCUGUACGAGGCUGUUUUUCUUUUAUAGUAUGCUGUAUGUAAACUUAAUACAAACAAUCAGCACCCAUAUUUUUUCUUACAGUUAUCAUUCAGUAAUGUAAUAUAUUUAAUACAAAAUAAACCUUUCAUUGACACAA